AUGCCUCAAUACAAGCAAAUUAGGGCAUUUUUACACGGGAAAAGCGAAGCUUUGUUGCGCGAUACGCACUUUACAGCUGUUAAUUCUAAAAACGCGAACACUUCUAAAGAGGCAACGGGAACCUUACAGAAACCGAAGCGACAUAACGUCACGCAUACACUCCUCUCUCCUACCGUGAACCCCCUUCCAAAAGGUGGUGACAAACAAGAGGUGAAACCGAAAGUUUCGGGAACUCCAAAAGUUGUCCGAAAAUGUUCCUUCUGUGGUGAAGAGCACCACAUUUCAGCCUGUAAGGCCUUUCUAGCGAAAUCGGUGGAUGAACGAAUGACUGUGACUACGGAGAGGAAAUGGUGCUAUAAUUGUCUUAACGCGUCUCAUUCAGUGCGACAGUGCACAUCGAUAUUCUCUUGUCAGAAAUGCAAGCGGAAGCACCAUACUCUGUUACACCGAGAGCAAGCUGUCAGCAACCCCGAACCUUCUGGUGAAAAAUCAAGCUCAGCAGUCGUCUUGCUGGCUAAAGAACCGUUAACUCCGUCCAAUUCACCUUCGAAUACGACCGUGCUGCUGGCAACCGCGCUCGUCCAAAUUCGUGAUGCUUCGGGCGAGUUUCAGACAUUCCGCGCGUUAUUCGACACCGGAAGUCAAAAUAAUUUCCUCACCACACACGCGGCUCAGCGGCUAAAGUUGAAGCCUACCGCGACUAGUGAUGGGCCGUGCGUCCUAGGGGGUGCACCUGCAUCAGUGACUGGCCAGGUCACCUGUGAUAUAGGUGCCAAGGACACCGUACAUUUCCGUCUGGAAAUGUUUGUUUCACCGCACAUAUGUGCAGAUCAGCCUAUAGGCAGACUCAAUAUGAGUGGAUGGGAUGACCUCAAAACAUUACCGUUAGCAGAUCCUGGUUUUGAUAUUCCUGGUCCAAUUGAUGUCUUGCUCGCUGCCGACGUCUUUGCUGAGUCACUUCUCGACCAACGUUUGAAACGCUGCGUCAAUCAACCGCGUGCUCUCAACUCUGUCUUCGGAUGGCUGAUAGUCGGAAAAACCCGACUAGCGUCGUCGUCUUUAUUAAGUGUACCAUCACCUAAUAAGGAUGAUAGCUUAAACAAUAUCGUUCAACGCUUCUGGGAGAUCGAUACCGUUCCGCAUUCUUCCCGAUUAACCCCAGAUGAACAACGCUGUGAAAAUAGUUUCACAAACGAGCAUUACCGUGACGAGACUGGUAGGUACGUCGUCUGUCUUCCCUUCAAAGAUAACGCUGAGCCUGUGUUUGAAGGCUCUCGGGAGAUAGCGGUACGACGCUUCCAUGCUAUCGAAAAGCGCCUUUCUCGUGAUCCAGACUUGAAACAACAAUAUGUUGAUUUCAUGACCGAUGACUACAGCGAAAGUUGUCACAUGUCUUUGAUGCCUGCUAAGAACGCGGCUCCAAAGAUAUCAUCCAACAAUGCGGAGAUUCCUUUCCACUACCGGGAGCACGAAGCGGCAUCUAUGGCCAACGUGCACCAACUGUACCGUCAAAUUACCGUUGCUCCGCAUUACCGUGAUUACCGGCGUAUUCUCUGGCGAGCUAACCCAGAUGAGCCUCUUCAGGAAUACGUAUUCAACACCGUACCGUACGGGGUCUCCUCGGCUCCGUUUCUUGCUUGCCGAACGAUCCAGCAAUUGGCCAACAACGAUGGUCAUAAGUACCCGAAGGCUAAAACCGUUCUAACUUCCGAUAUUUACGUCGAUGACGUCGUUACCGGAAGUUCUUCGCUGGAUGAUGCUCGUGACAUCAAGUCACAAGUUAUCGCUCUUUUUAAGCUCGGCUCUUUUGAGCUACGAAAAUGGGUAAGCAAUCGACCCGAACUUCUAAGGGAUAUGCCCUCAGAAAUGUGUCUUCCGGACGCCAUCGCAUUCACCGAGGCAGAAGUCACAACCGUUAAGGUCCUUGGCCUUAAAUGGGAGCCCGCUUCAGACUCGUUCGUUUGUAACGUCCAACCGUCUAAUCAACCGUGUACCAAACAAACGAUUCUGAGUGAGGUUGCCAGAAUCUUUGACCCUUUGGGUUUCUUGUCUCCUUUGACAAUCCAAGCCAAAGCCUUGAUCCAAAGACUUUGGAUUCUCGGCUCUUCAUGGGAUGAAACGCCUCCUCCGGAAAUUGUAUCGCAAUGGAACAGUUUCUUCCAUCAGCUUCCUCAAAGUAGGGAUCUGAAUAUUCCUCGCAAAUUCGCCAUCGAAGGUAUUCAAUCGUAUCAACUGCAUGGGUUUUGUGAUAGUUCUGAGAUAGCGUAUGGCGCCGUCGUAUAUCUAAGUAUCACCGAGCCUGAUGGCUCCAUCCGCGUCCACUUCGUUUGCCGCAUCCACAUGCUACGGCUUCCUGUUCGCGAAGCCUACUUUUGGACAUCGUUCCUACCGCUUGCUGGAGACACGUUCCCUCUGGAACGAAUCCCGCAGAUAUCUGCUCACGUGGGCAGUUGCCUCGGGAACUAUUAA